AUGGGCCUCGUUCAACGAGUUCAAAAAUGGUUGCCCUCAACACCAAGUCUUCCUUUGGAUGACUCGUCCUAUGAAAAAGGCCAGAAAUCUUCAAGAUUUGCAUUUUUCAGGCGCAGGAUACGGUUGAAGGGCAACUCAUCUAUUUCUGUACCCCUAGGGUUUGUUUUAUUAUUUCCAUGCAUUGUAAUAGUCCUGAUUUUGCUGCUCUUCGUCCGACAUCCCGCCUCGCCAGGGGGCAUCCUAAUACCAGCGGGCACGCCGCCAUCUAUAAGAAAAAUAAGCGAAAAAUAUGAUAAAGUUUUCGCAACGGGUUGUCUUCCGGUUGAGAGGACAGAUGGCCCCCGUGCGAAUGCGGCCUUCGUUGUGCUGGCCAGAAACAAGGAAGUAGAUGGCGUUAUCCAGUCAAUGAAGUCCAUCGAACGGCACUUCAACCGCUGGUACCGCUACCCCUAUGUCUUUUUAAAUGACGCCGAAUUCGACGAUAACUUCAUCAACACCGUCAAGAAUUAUACAAGCGCUCCCGUAGAGUUCGGGAAGAUCGACGAGUCAAUGUGGGGUUACCCCAGCUGGGUUGACCACGAGGUUGCUAAAGAAGGUAUUCGGAAACAAGGAGAUGCCGCAAUCAUGUAUGGUGGUAUGGAAAGCUAUCACCACAUGUGUCGGUUCUAUUCUGGAUUCUUCUACAACCACCCUCUACUCUUGAAGUAUGAAUGGUACUGGCGGCUAGAGCCCGAGAUUACAUACUUCUGUGACAUCACCUACGAUCCCUUCAUCAAAAUGGCCGAGGCCAAUAAAACAUACGGAUUCACCAUUGCUGUCAAGGAACUUCGCGAAACCGUCCCGAAUAUCUUCCGUUAUGCCUCUGCGUACAAGCGGAAGAAGAACAUUAAAUCGCAAGGGUUAUGGGAAAUGUUUCUUGAGCCCAUUGAGGAACCGAAACUCGAAGACGAGCAACCAGAGACUCUUCCUGAGGAAAUCCUCAUUACCGAGCCCGGCGAGACGAAUGAAGUUGACCCUGAAACCAUGGAAGGAGAGAGCUAUAACAUGUGUCAUUUCUGGAGUAACUUCGAAAUUGCACGCCUGGAUUUCUUCCGGAGUAAAGAAUAUGAAGACUUCUUUGAGAUGAUGGACCGGAGUGGUGGCUUCUGGAUGGAGAGAUGGGGUGAUGCACCCAUACAUUCACUUGCCGCUGGCAUCCUCCUGUCACCCAGUGAUAUCCACUAUUUCCGUGACUUCGGCUACCGCCACACCACAAUCCAGCAUUGCCCUGCAAACGCUCCCGCGCGACAACUGCCGCGUAUCCCAUACCUAGAAGAGACAACCGAAGAUGAGAAGGCGCGUAUAGAAGAGGACGAGUAUUGGGCCAACCCUGAUCCUGUUAAAGAGAACGGUGUUGGCUGCAGAUGCAGGUGUGAUACAGACAUUGUGGAUGUUGAAGGCAAACAAGGCAGCUGUCUCGCGGAAUGGGUGGAUGUUGCUGGAGGGUGGGCAUCUCCAUAG